GCGUGGCGUGGCGUUUGGCGGGCGGCGCGGCCGGCGGCGGGACUCCCGCACCGACUCCGGAGGCAGCGAUGGGCCGAUAGCCCCAGUGCGGAGCUCGGCGACAGCAGCCGGGCCUUAGGAAACUCAAAAAGAGGUUGUCAAGGAGAGCUCCACAGGCAUUGGCUCCACUUCAGAGACAAUGGAAAGUCAAGACUCUUUGUACAGGGCCCAUAGCUCACAGACAGAAGAGGAGGAUCCUCUGAUCCUCACACCAUUAGUCAGAAAUCGCUUCCACGAGGCUCCUCCCGAUAGGUUCAACGGUGUGUAUAUAAUUUUCUUCUUCCUUGGGAUUGGCUCCUUGUUGCCAUGGAACUUCUUCUGCACGGCAAAACACUACUGGUUGUACAAGUUGAGCAAUGGGACAGAUCAUUCUCCCCAGCACAAUGACCUUGGCAAUUAUUUUGAGAGUUACCUAUCGCUUGCAUCAACUCUACCCUCUGUGCUGUGCCUGGUGAUUAAUUAUCUCCUAGUGAACAAGAUCUCUGCUAAAGUCCGUGUGCUCUCUUCCCUAUCUAUCAUGCUCAUUAUAUUUUGCGUGACCACCAUUCUGGUGAAAGUGGACACAUCUUCAUGGAUAUACGAAUUCUUUGGUCUGACCAUGGCCUGUGUGGUCAUCGUUAGUGGAGCGUCCAAUGUGUUUUUGGGCAGUAUUUUUGGAGAAGUUGGAAGGUUUCCCAUGAGGAAUUCACAAGCUUUAAUUUCAGGACAAGCCAUGGGAGGGACGUUUAGUGCGCUGGCUUCAGUGGUGGACCUUGCUACUGCUGAGUCCAUUUCCGACAGUGCACUGGCCUAUUUUCUUACUGCUGACAUUUUCCUCAUUAUCUGUAUUGUCCUCUACAUGACUUUGCCCUGGAUCCCAUAUUCCAGCUACUACCUGAAGAGUCUGCGUGAGAGAAUGCAACAUAGUGGAGGUAACCAUAUUGACUCGCUCAGCAAUGACACUACCUCCUUAAAUGGCUCAGUUGGGAGUGUUUCCCUGGCUAGCAACACGGGCACUGUUCCUCCAUUGAAGCCCAUCCUGAGAAAGACCGCAGUCGUGGGCUUCAGUGUGUUCUACACCUUCUUCAUUUCCAUCAUUAUCUUCCCUUCCAUCUCAUCCAGCAUCAAAUCUGUUUCAAAGGACUCAGAUAGCGUGUGGACCAAUAAGUACUUUGUACCUCUGACCUGCUUCCUCCUGUAUAACUUUGCUGACUGGACUGGCCGACAGAUAACUGCUUGGAUCCAAAUCCCUGGGCCGAAGAGUAAAGCUCUUCCCAUCUUGGUGCUUUUGCGGACCUUGUUCUUACCCUUGUUCAUAUUCUGUAAUUACCAACCGCGAGAACAUUUACACACAGUUUUCUUCAAUUGGGAUGUUUACCCUGCUGUCUUCAUCUCUGCUCUGGGCCUUACCAAUGGAUACUUGGGGACUUUGCCUAUGAUUUAUGGCCCAAGAAUUGUGCCAAAGGAAUUAUGUGAGCCAACUGGUGUUGUGAUGUCAUUCUUCCUCACUCUCGGUCUUGCUCUCGGUUCUGCUUGCUCUGUUCUUGUCGUUCAUCUGAUAUAGCAAAGAGUAUUUGGAUCAAUUGUGAAAUGUUAAAUUAAUUGAGAAGCGCAGUGGACCAGGAUUGGACUUUCAGCCACCUUGUGGGGAAUGUAGUUGGACUACUGGCCAACUGUACCAUAAAAGGUUAUCAUCACUAGGCAGGGAAACGAACUCAGUAUUCCGAGUUGUGUGAUGACUCAUUGAUCAAAUGGUGCCCUCUUGAGCAAUCCCAGCCCAAAUCUGAUGGACGUUUCCCACUCUGCCUUUCUGUUCUAUGUGUAACUAUCGGGUCCCUGCUCAUUAAGAAACGAUUUACAGUUUUGUCAAACGAAGGGAAAUAUUUCCUGGGUGUUCCUUAGCUCUAAUCCCAGGACAUCAGUCCACAUUGUGCAGCAUUCUUAACCCUUCGUGGAGUGGGAGAAGAAUAGUCAAGUCUCCCUAUAAUAACAGUGAAGGGAAGUGGUAGCCAACCCAUCCACCUUUGGAUUUGAUUCCCUAUCUAAGGACUUCAGGCAGAGUGUUUUAAACCCUGAGCCAUCCCCGGCAUACAUCAGUUUUCAUUAACCAUGCAACCACCUGUAUCCCUAGGGCUGAUUCAAAGAAACAAAAUUGUAGGCUUAGGUUUUUAGGCAUCUAUUUUAUACUUUUUUAAUCUUUUGGAGCACACAGGAUGUGCUGUCAAAAGCAAUUUUCAAAGUCAAAUAGCUUCCGUCUUUCAAAGGGGAUCAGUUUGUAAUUGGACAACGUUUGGUGCUUUUGAAGUUUAAGAAAGUGAGUUUUCUUUCAUUAGAACUUAAGUUGGUACGAAUUCAAUUUCUGGGAUUAAUAUUGAGCUGACAGUCUAUAAAAUCUGGUCAGACACAAUUAUGAAUUUUAUUGGUUUACCAUUAACCAAAUGUAUACACAACAAGCAUUCUGGGGAAAAAAGCAAAAAAUGUUGAAAGACUCAGCAUCUGUGGAGAGAGAAACAGAGUUAACAUUUCGAGUUCAUAUGACUCUUCUUCGUCUCUGAUGCUCCACAGAUACUGCCAGACCUGCUGAGUCUUUUCAGCAUUUUCGGUUUUAUUUCAGACUUCCAGCUUCCACGGUAUUUUGCUUUUAUUUAAGCAUUCUGGAAAUUUCACCUGGGAGACCAGUGUGAAAAAACUGCCAAAAAUAAAUACAGGUCUAUUUUUAACAUUUUAA